AUGACUGAAGAAAGCCACUUGGUUUCUACGAACACGCUUGUUGCCGCGCUUUCUCUUCCACAGCCAGAAAUCCCGAAGUUUUCAGGCGAUCUGAUCAGUUACAGGACCUUCAUGACGGCAUUUGACACUCGUAUAGCAUCGCGCACAGCUUCUCCCUCUGACAGACUUUAUUACCUAGAUCAGCAUCUCGUUGGUGAACCCAAAGACAUCGUCAGUGGUUGUUUCCUGUUUGAUCCAGAGACCGGAUACCAAGAAGCUCGCCGCUUACUUGAUAAAGAAUAUGGGGAUCCAUACAAAACUGCUUUAGUUUAUAUCAAUAAAGUCAAUGCUUGGCCUGUUAUUAAACAAGAUGAUUGUAUAGGUCUGAAAAAGUUGUCUUUGUUCUUGACAAAGUGUUGUAAUGCAAUGAAAUGUUUGUCAUAUUUGAAUGUUUUAGAUCACCCUCCAAAUAUGCUCAAUGUUGUUCAGAAAUUACCAUUUUAUUUACAAAAUAAAUGGCGCGAACAGGUGUCUAGAGUACGACAGACAGAGCAUAUAAUUUUAAAGUUUCAGGAUCUUGUUACUUUCAUAGCAUCAGCGUCAGACGCAGCCAAUGAUCCAAUCUACGGAAAGGCAGCUAAGCAACAUGUCCCCGCCAACGCUACGAUUCAGCAGGGUAAGGGCCAGAUGAAAAUGACCAGCUUUGCCAUGACGUCACAAGGUUACGUAGGGUCAUCAUUAAACUGUCCGCUUUGUCAGCAACACCAUGACCUGGAUGACUGCCCAACGUUUACAAGUAAGUCCAUGGCUGAUAAAAGACAAUUCUUAAAAGAAAAACGUCUUUGCUUUGGCUGUUAUAGACCCGACCACAUUUCCAAGGGGUGUUUGGGAAAACGUGUAUGCCAGAAGUGCCAUAAGCGACACCCGACUUCACUCCACAUAGAGGGUUUCCAACUUCGAACUUCCCUUGGUAGCCAGACCAACAGCGAUGGUAAAAAGACACGAGAUUCCUCAACAACGCGUGUAAAUACCAAUGAUACUACAGUUAAGUCUAGCUGUGCAGCUACCGCUUCUCCAGACUCGACAGUUUUACAUGGGGUAUUACCGGUGAAGGUGAGUCAGAGAGGAAGCAGCAAAGUUAUUACCACUUACUGUUUUUAUGACAAUGGCAGCAGCGGGUGUUUUAUAACCAAUGAUUUGUUCCAAAACCUUGAAGCCAGUGGUAUACCGACGAGGCUCAAGCUGACCACUAUGCAAGGAACCGACUGCGUGGAUAGCACUUUGGUAGAAGGCUUGGUCAUUACAGAUUUGAACGGAAGCAACGCAAUUGACAUGCCCAAGACAUUUACCAGAAAUGUUAUUCCAAUCGACCAUCACCAAAUUGCAACGCCGGAAAUAGUCCAGAGAUGGGAUCAUUUACGACAUAUUGCCUCUGAGAUACCGGAGUUUCAGCAAGGAGUUGACAUCGGUAUUUUGAUCGGUAACAACUGCCCGUUAGCUUUAGAACCUCUGAACGUUGUGCCUACAGAUGGUAAUAAACCGUAUGCCAUGCGGCUACGACAUGGAUGGACAGUACAUGGGCCAGCAUAUUCCAGUGAUGUGGAUCACAUUUCAUGCAACCGAAUAAUGGUGGAAGAAACUUGUAAAGAAUUAUUCACACCUGCCACUGUGAUGCACAUGAUGGAACUCGACUUUAAUGAUCACAAGCCGUUAUAUCCCGACGAAAAGGGCAUGUCACAAGAGGACAGGAAAUUCAUACAACUGGUAGAGGAGGGAAUUUUCUUUGCAGACGGACACUAUACAGUACCAUUGCCAUUUAGGUCCAAAGCUGUGUCAAUUCCAAACAAUAGAUCACAAGCUGUACAGAGAGUGAUGUGGCAAAAGAAAAAGAUGUUAAAAAACUAUACCUUUCAAUCAGAUUACAUUGACUUUAUGUCCAAAAUCAUUGAUCGUGGAUAUGCAGAACGGAUUCCUAUCAAUGAUGUCACACCUGUAGAGGGAAGGGUAUGGUACCUUCCACACCACGGAAUCUACAAUCCGAAUAAACCAGGAAAAAUGCGGGUUGUUUUCGAUGCCAGCGCCAAGUACCAAGGGACUAGCUUAAACGAUCACCUCUUACAAGGACCAGAUUUAGCCAAUAACCUGUUUGGUGUUCUCAGUCGAUUUAGACAGCAUCAGAUAGCUUUUAUAGGUGAUAUAGAAGCCAUGUUUUUCCAGAUCCGAGUUCCUGUUGAGCAGAGAAAUUUUCUGAGAUUUCUUUGGUGGGAAAAUGGAGAUCUUAGUGGUGAGCUACAUGAGUACAGAAUGAACGUUCACCUUUUUGGGGCAAUUUCGUCACCAAGUGUAGCCAAUUUUGUUUUGAAGAAAGUUGGAAUACAUGCAGCAAACGCGGAGGUAAGGAACACUGUGCUUAGAAACUUUUACGUUGAUGAUUGCCUGAAAUCAGUUGUGAAUCAUGUGGAUGCAUGUCAUCUUGUAGAGAAUCUCUGUCAUACCUGUGCUGAGGGAGGGUUUCAUCUGACAAAAUUUUCCAGUAACAGCAUAGAAGUGAUGUGUUCCAUUCCACAGAUUGAACAUUCCAAAGAAAUGUCUGCUGUCAAUUUAAGCUGUGAUGACUUGCCCGUCAUUAAAACGUUAGGAGUGCGGUGGGACAUUAGAGCAGACCAAUUUGGAUUUUCGAUCAUGAUGAGAGAGAAGCCGCCCACCAGAAGGGGAAUCCUGUCGCUCAUCUCUUGUAUAUAUGACCCAUUAGGUUUUAUUGCACCAGUGGUUUUACCUGCGAAGAGAAUCCUCCAAGAUCUCUGUAGGGAAGGAAAAGUGGACUGGGACGAUGUUCUACCAGAGAAGUACCUAGAAAGAUGGCAACAAUGGUUAUCAUCUUUGCCGGACUUGGAGAAUCUCAAGAUCGACCGCUGCUUUAAGUCAACGCAUGCUUCUGAUGAGGUACAGCUGCACGUUUUUUCUGACGCUAGUUCAACCGGAUAUGGGUCAGUUGCAUACUUGCGGAGCAAGGAUCAGUCGGGAAAAGUCUCCGUAGCUUUUGUUGCAGGCAAAGCUAGACUGGCACCAAUCAAGGUCACGACAAUUCCUAGACUUGAGCUCACAGCAGCAGUGACGUCAGUGCGCAUAGCUAAAUUGAUUCAACGAGAACUUGAUCAGAGCCUGAAUGUUUAUUUUCAUACAGAUUCGGUUACGGUUCUUCGUUUCAUACGCAGUGAGACCAAGCGAUUUCCAAUUUAUGUUGCGAACAGGGUGCAAUUUAUACGAGAUUUUUCUGAAGUUGAGCAGUGGAGAUACGUCCCAUCCUCAAAAAAUACGGCGGAUGAAGCUUCACGAGGUAUUUCUGUUGAGCAACUGCUUUCAAGUUCAAGGUGGUUACAAGGUCCAGAAUUCUUACAAGGUGAUGAGGAUACCUGGCCACGGAAUGUCAUCGAUAGCAACGAUAAUCUACAAUUGCAGAAUGACAGAGCAAGUGAUGUGUUUCAGCAUUGUGGUUUCUAUACAGCUGUCACUGUAAGGGAAGACCCUGAGGAACCGUUUUCUCAAUUAGUUCAUCACUUUUCCAGUUGGUAUAAGCUGAGGAAGGCCGUUGCUGUUUAUACAAAGAUGUUACGGUAUCUUCAGUUGAAAUCCCAGUCAAGGUUAACGGCGUUUUCCUCAACAAUUGGUGUCAGAGACAUUGAAGAAGCAGAGCUCAAAAUCGUACGGUGGUUACACAAGGGAAUUUACAAUGCUGAAGUGACCCAGCUUUCUAUGGCAGAAUCGGGAUCAACACGGAGCCGGGUAAAGUUACUUCCACGAUCUAGAAGUCUCUAUAAGUUGGAUCCUUUCUUGGAGGAUGGUGUUUUGAGAGUAGGAGGGAGGCUAGCUCGUGCAAAUAUACCAGAGCAUACCAAGCAUCCGAUCAUUUUACCUCGCAAAUGCCAUGUGACAACACUAGUGAUUCGUGAGGCACACGCAACCCUCGGACAUGCAGGCCGUAAUCAUGUGCUCGCCAGUCUCCGCAACAAGUACUGGGUCAUAAAAGUGGUGCUCACAAAGAACUUCAGCAGGCAAUUGAAGACAUGA